CAAUGACCUGUUGACAUAAGAGUAUUGUAUUUCAUUUAAUCAGGCAUCAAGGCAAAUGCUGCACUGGAAGCCCCAGUCCCGGCGAGAGCCGCUUGUCACGUUUUGGCCCAAGUCGAAAACGAAUCCGCAACCUCCACCAAAUAAGGGCAACGAUGCGUCGCAACCGGAGCCGGCACCACCGCGUCUAGAGCAUCUGUCAUUGGAGCUGGUGCUUACGUGCCUGGAGCCCCGGGAGCUAGCAAAGUGUCGCGUCGUGUGCAGGGAGUGGCACGAGGCUGCCACCAGUCCCGAGGUCCGGCGCAGCUGCUUCAUGACGCACUGGCGGCUGGGCGGCCUGGUGGGCGAGCCGCGCAACGCCUCGCUACUGGACACCGCCACGCUGGGCCACUUCGUGUCGCGGCACGAGGUGGCUCGCGGCGACAGCCCCACCAGUCUGGCGGUGCGGUACGGCGUGUCGGUCACGGCCGUCAAGCGCCUCAACAACCUCAUCUCCGACCACAGCCUGCUCUCGCGCAGCGCCGUGUACAUUCCAGUCCCCAACGCGGCCUGCCUGGCGGGCGCACACGUGCUGUUUGAGUACUGCCGCAACGCCUGCCGCGAGUUGUUGGUGCUGGUGGGAGAGGACGAGGCGGCGGCGGCGAGGGAGGCAGCCAAGGCGGCGGCGACGGCAGCGGCCAGCAAUGCGGCGGAGGGCGAGGCGGAGGCGGAGAACGAGGGCUCCAGCAGCCGUAUGCAGGAGGCCUCCAAGCUGCGCGACAAGCUGGUGGCGCUGCUGGGCCGCUCGCUGCACGUGGACGAGCACACAGCCAGGUACUACCUGGCGGAGGCGGGCUGGUGCCCCAAGAAGGCCGUGGCCAUGUGCGAGCAAGACCUGGCAUGGGAGAGCCGAGCUCCCGGAUCCAGCCGCCGGCGCCGGGGGCCCAUCCGCCCUGUAGAUGACUAGAGCAGGGGCGUGCGCGUGCGCAUCCUCUCACAGGUUCCACAGUGCUCCUUAACCCUAUGCUCGGCGCGCUUUUACUUGACGGUUGGUAGCCCUAUGUGUAGGGUGUAGAAACACACAAUGUGUGUUUGCGUGUGCGCGGGCCGGUCUGUGCACACUGCCCAUUACGUCCGCGCCAACCCCCUUCGACCACAUACGCCAUGCCGAUGCACCAGCAUGCGCACCGUGCUUGAGUUCCGUUGUAAUGGUUUUGUAUUCUGAUGCUUUACCCCUUUACUUCCACGUUGUGGCGCGUGUGCGUGUCUGUGGCGCGCUGCAAGUCGGCGGCAGCUUUGUACCACUAGGAAUCAAGUUUAGCAGGGUGGAGAUGUGCCACCUGAGUGGCCUUGGUAAGUGCAGGAUGCAUGUGAUACGAUAGCUGCCGUGCGUUUGGGGUUUGUGGCUUAUGUCUGGGAGCGUCUGGGCGUUGUAAGGCAUACCUGCGCGCGCUUCGUGUACAGACCCAGCUGUACGGCAGUGGGGCGCACAGCGCCGUCAAACGGCUGGGUUCCGGAUUCAUAACUUAUGUGAGUAAAUGUGAGCGUACGUUUGUCAAGCGAGGCAGGCAAGGGGUUCACGUCCCUGUUGGAUGCUAUAGCGUCGGGUAAAUACCAUAGUUGUAUAUUGCUGUAUAGCAGGCGAGGGGCUGCAAGCAGUGUGCCGUUGCGCAUGCGGCCUGGCUGAAAUUUGGCGCGUGAGCGGACUCGUGGGUGAGCGGACUUUAAGCGUGCUUGAGGACGUGCUGCUGCGAAGGAUGACAGCGAACUGUGGUGCAAGCAGCGCAACUGCGGCCAGUAUGUCAGUUGUGUUUGCCAACACACUCGCUUGAGGAUGAACAGCCGAACAGGCAGUCUGUCCAUGGCCAUAGACGUUUUGAGAUAGGCUGGCUGCUCACGGUUGUGGGAGACGCACGACAGCGAUUGACAGAGGAGACCCAACCUCCCACACAUUACCAGCCCCGAUAACCAUCACUGCGAGCGUCCGUUGCCCUGUAACUCACG